AUGUCCGAAAGCUACUGGUUACUACCUGCUGAUAACGAUCGGGAUUGCAAAGAAGAGGAAGAUAAACCGGAUGCUCACGGUCACGGUAUCAAGCUAGGAUGGAUCGAAGGUGUACUAAUACCAUGUCUGCUCAACAUCUGGGGUGUAAUGCUUUUCCUGCGGCUCAGUUGGGUAGUGUCGCAGGCUGGCAUCAUUCAUACUUUGAUCAUCAUCGUUAUCUCCUACUUGGUGUGCGUAAUCACCGCCCUGUCGCUGUCGGCUAUCUGUACAAAUGGACAGGUCAAAGGCGGAGGAAUCUACUAUCUGAUUUCACGCUCUUUGGGACCGGAGUUUGGAGCAUCUGUGGGUAUAGUGUUUGCCUUCGCGAAUUCGGUAGCAGCUUCGCUGAACACAAUUGGAUUUUGUAAUUCUUUGAAUGAUCUGUUAAAAUCGUUCGGGACAAAAAUCGUUGACGGUGGCGUGAAUGACGUUCGAAUUGUGGGAACUGCUGCUAUCAUUGUUAUGGUUGUAAUAUGCGCAAUCGGGAUGGAAUGGGAGGCGAAGGCACAAAAUAUCCUGGUAGUUACAAUUGUAGUUGCCAUUUUCAACUUCAUGAUCGGCGUGAUAAUAGGACCAAGAUCCGACAACGAAAUAGCACAUGGUUUCAUGGGAUUUUCGACGCAAGUUUUCACGGAAAACCUGAAACCGGACUACCGGUACAGCGAAAACGUGAACCAAAACUUCUUCACCGUUUUCGGAAUAUUUUUCCCCAGCGUUACAGGUGUACAGGCUGGAGCAAACAUCUGCGGAGAUCUGAAGGAUCCUGCAUCCGCGAUUCCCAAGGGAACAUUGCUGGCUUUGCUGAUCUCAGCUAUAUCCUACAUAUCUUUUGUGUUCUUCGCUGGAGCUGCCGCUGUUCGAGAUGCUUCUGGAAAUAUAACAGACCUGGUUAAUGGAACUUUUGUUUCCUGCACUGCAGAAAAUAAUUGCGACUAUGGCUUACACAACGACUAUACAGCGAUGCAGUUGAUGUCACUCUCCAGUGCCAUCAUUUACGCUGGAUGCUUCGCGGCAACUCUCAGUACCGCUUUAACAAAUUUGCUUUCGGUUCCCAGGAUUAUCCAAGCACUCGGUAUUGACCGUAUCUAUCCAGGCCUUAUCUUCUUUUCCAAAGGAUACGGAAAGCACGGAGAACCCUAUCGCGGAUAUGUACUGGUGUUACUAGUAUCCGCACUGUUCGUUUUGAUUGCAGAUAUCAAUGCAAUCGCUCCCAUGAUUUCCAACUUUUACCUGGCUUCGUACGCUCUGAUCAACUUCUGUACUUUCCACGCGGCCACCGUCAAACCACUUGGAUGGCGACCAACGUUUCGUUUCUAUCAUCCCUGGCUCAGUCUAAUUGGUUCGAUACUAUGCGUCGCAAUAAUGUUUAUGUUAAAUUACACUUUUACAAUCGUCACAAUAGUGAUCAUCUUCAUUUUAUACCUGGUAGUUGUCUAUAGAAAACCGGACGUUAAUUGGGGUUCCAGCACCCAACAACAAACCUACAAAAGUGCACUCUCGUCCACGUUAAAACUACAAACCAUUGGAGAUCAUGUCAAAAACUAUCAUCCCUCGGUACUGGUUCUGACGGGUAAUCCCAUGAAUCGUCCACCUCUACUCGAUCUAGCGAAUCUCAUCACGAAAAACCACUCUCUAAUGAUAGUGGGAGACAUCAUCAAGGAACGACUGUCCCAUCGGAAGCGUCAGGAGCAAAAUUCGCAAUGUACCAAGUUUCUGGAAGUUGGUAACAUUCGUGGAUUCUAUCAGCCUAUAGAUGGACUCUCAUUCGAAGAAGGUGUUCAUGCGUUGAUACAAACUUCCGGUGUUGGCAAACUUUCGCCGAACAUCGUUCUAAUGGGUUACAAAUCUGAUUGGAUGACAUGUCCGGUAAAGGAUCUACUAACGUAUUAUAAUGUUUUACAUGAUGCCUUCGAUUGCCGUAUGUCAAUUUCAAUUCUACGUCUUCAAAAUGGAUUGGAUUUCUCUCAUUUGCAAACCGAAAUCGUCUCUACACCUAGUGUCGUGCCGGCUAGCAAUGGAAGCAGCAACAACUUCCACGGGAUAUCUACUAUUGCUGUAAAUGGGCUUAAACCUUCUCAAAACCUAAUGCACAUCGAUUCCAACCUCAAUCUCGAAUCAUAUGCAGAUAGCAACCACACAACGAUGACAACUCCUCAGCCAUCACCUCUGCCCAACCAACAAAUGCAACGGUUAGCCCGUGACAGUAUAGUGUACUCUACACGUGGUGGUUCGUUUGUUUCCAAGGAGAUCCUAGAUCGUUUGAGUGUUUUCCAGCGCAAGCAGCCCAAAGGAACCAUCGAUGUUUGGUGGCUUUACGACGACGGCGGUCUCACGAUGCUAGUUCCGUACAUCAUCUCGAUGAGAUCGAAGUGGUCUCAGUGUAAGAUUCGUGUGUUUGCUCUAACGAACCGACAGAUGGAGCUAGACGUCGAAGAGAGAAACAUGGCAAAUCUCCUCAAGAAACUACGAAUCAACUAUUCCUCGCUCAUCAUGUUACAGGGCGUUACAGAUUCUCCACGACAGGAAACUGUCGAUAUGCAUCAGCGAUUGCUGCGAAACUUCGGGGACAAUGAUGCCACCCAUAUGCCGAUUAGUGAAACGGACAGGCUUGCACUGCAGGAAAAAACAAGCCGACAGCUGAGGUUACGUGAAAUGCUGCUGGAGCAUUCCAGCAGUGCAAACUUGAUCGUUAUGUCUAUGCCUAUGCCUAGAUUGGGUACGGUAUCGGCACCACUCUACAUGUCCUGGCUUGAAAUGCUGACAAAGGAUAUGCCUCCAUUUUUGUUAGUUCGGGGUAACCAGACGUCUGUUCUUACAUUCUAUUCCUGAUUUGUAAGUUGUACUUAGUAGAAUAAUGCACCAGAAGUAUUAUUUAAUUCUUAUUUAUAUAUUCAGAAAAGUAUUAUUUUUAGAUAAUAAAACGUUAUGAAACAGAACAUAUUUUA